AUGUUUAUGAGACUUAUCAUUUUGGAAUUAGACCGAUAUUCUCGUUGGAUCAAAGUUAUUGGAGUAUUACUUAUCACGUUGCGCUUUUCUGACUGGCCCUAUGAACUAGCAUUCCACACUAUACAAGAAAGAUUAAUGGAUCAAGCACCCCAAUCCGGAUCCCAAUGCUGGGCAGAGUGGGGUACUGGUGUAAUUAUACUAAACUUUGUUGGUGACGCAUUGGCCAAUCUAUUUCUUAGUGGCAUGUUUGUACGAAGACUUUUUAUACACAUUCAUGAAUCGAAGUCAUUAAUGACGCAUCAAAACAAAGUUAUCGAGCGGAUUGCUAUGAAAUCAUUAGUAUGCUUAGCAUUUACAUUUGUAGUCAACUUAGCUAUGAAUCUUUUAAAAGUUACGAUGUUCCUAGAUGACCAUUCGGAUGCCUUUACUGUAUACUUCGAAAUUAUAGAAUCCACCUUAUUGGUAGAGGCCCUCCGCAAUGACGGAAGUCACGGUACUGUGCACAGUAACUCUUUCUGUGAAAGCUGUCAUAAGGUAAAGUCCCCCUUAAAUAUAAAGACUGUGUAUAUAUAA